UAGGCCAAUUGAUCGCGCUUGUCCGCGGGUAGCUACUUCGAGGAUGAAUUGCGCUGGUGGAUUGGUUUUUUUGGCGGCCUGUCUUGCCGCUGCGCUACAGUCCACCGAUGCAAACACAGUAAGCGCCGCAGCUCAGGAAACAGCCCAGCGGCACUCUACGGAAACAUUGGCAAACCUGUACACCGUGAUCAAGAACGUCGCGCUGCCCCCGCCUAGUGCUGAUGCCAGGGUAACGAGCCUACUCAGCAAAGGCUGGUUCUCUUGAUGCCCGGGAAAGUGCCCAGUUACUACGACUACUUCCCAGGUGAUGCGUACGAGGCCUACCUGGAGAAUCCGGACUACGGGUACACCGAUCAGCAGGUAACCAUCCCACCGCGGGUCAUGGAGAGCAUGUUCGCACUCGCUGACAUCAUCCCGGGACGCUAUCCGCUGCGAGGAGCGGAAACUGGGGAAAGUAUGGCCAUCAUCUACGAAGACAUCCUCAACAAGAUGGAAGUUAUAGGAUUUGAUAAGAAAACGCAGACCGAGAAACAGAGAUACGUGACGGCAAUUUCAUACCUCGCCGAAGAAAUACCUGACCCCUUGAACGUGACUCAAAACGUAACUCGUUUCCAACUAUAUCGCAGAAGUCAAGAGCUCUACAACACUAGGAGGCUAGAAAUGGAAGAAAGGAUUGAACGCGAGCGCACAAAUAAUCCAGGAAUCGCGUUUGAAAGGUGGUUCCAGCGAAACUAUCCCACACUAAAAUCUCAAGUUGAAGGAGCCUACACCGAAUGGUUGAUAUUUGGACAGAAAGAGAUUGUUGAACUGUACAAGAGCUAUUUGGAUGUGGAAUCUCCCGGGGUUGAUCUAGAAGAAGCUAGAAUGGCGUUGCGAGCAUCGGGCCUUUCUUCACUGGAUCGUACGAGAACUGUUUAUCCUGUGUCGUUCGUGCCGUCAAACUGGUACCGCUACCUCACAAACGUCACUGCAGUCGAUGAGGCCCAACAAAGGAGGCAGAGUUUGGAGAGGGAGAGUAGGGACGAGAUUCUGGUCAAGAUGGGAGAGCUCGAGGCCCAGAAAAAAGUCCUCAUUGCUUUGCAAGCAGGGGAACCAUCAGAAGAGCUGAAAAGUGAAUUUAGGAAACUGAAAAACACUCUUACAUCGUCCAAUACGGCCCUAAAUAAUCUUGCCACGAAUACCGAGAACUAUCGACAGAGGUGCCUCAUCAGUCGCAUAAAAGCAAAAGCAAACGAGAGUUUUGAUGGAACUGAAUGUGACAGGUAUGCAAGCUCGUCAAGUAGUGCAUACGAGUCGGUCGAAUCGAGCACCGAGCUUUUUGCCUGUGUUCGAGACCUGGAUUUCCAAGUAAACGCGUUUGAGCAGUCUCGCGAGGCACUGAAUCAGACGGCACAAGAGAUAGAGCGGCAGAUAGAGGCUCUUCAGCAGAGGCUCUCAACGACGGACGUCAAGUUCUCGCACUUGGCCCGAGAGGCUCAGCACGCAGCAGACUCUCAAGACAUACUCGAUUCGCAGUGGCUCUCGUUUCAAUUUGAUUCCAAACGGUACAAAUCCAGUUCAUCAACGCUCUCCUCUCGAACAACGUCUAAUUUUGCUGCUAGUGCUAGUGGUGGUUUCGGUUUUUUUUCGUUCAGUGCUUCAUACAGCAGUUCACGCUCACGAUCAGACUACAGUUUCCAGGCAGCCAUGAAUAGCGCAGAGACAGUUGUAGGUGGAGAACUGCUGAGAGUAACCGUUCAGAGGCCAUGGUUCCGACCUUCUCUUUUCAAGAGCAAAGAUCAGUUUCAAAUACGGGGUCUGACACACAAGAUCUCACCUGGAUACAUCGAAGGAGAGAAACAAUACGUACACGAAAUAACAAGAAGAGACAGCAACUACCUUUUGCCCGAAUAUGUGACCGGUCUUCUGCUGUCCAGAAAUAUCAAUGUCGAAUUCCGGGGAAUUUCUGCAUCACGGUCUGCACGUGCUGUCCGCACAGCUUCCAGCUCCAGGUUCAGUGCUAGAGUAGGGUUUGGGCCGUGGGGUGGAAGCGUGUCGGGCGGCAAAUCUCAGUCUUCGUACCACAGGACCUACUCAAUGGAGAGCACCAGUGAUGGUCUUCGGGUCUCCAUCCCUGGGGCCCAGAUCAUUGGCUACUACAUACAGGUUAUGCCCGAGUUCCCUGCCAUCAAAAAGGAUUCUGUGGCGUAGCUAACACACUGUAGAUACUAAAAAGUGAACCUCUUAUGUAUGAACAUACUGAAAAAAAGACCCCUAUAGCCCCCCUUGCUUAUAGCUGAUAAACUUGUUGUAUGUAGAGAUUGUGACCAGAAUGACUCUCUCUCGGUCUAGACAUGUAUGUAAUUGCUUUAUUCUUUGUUAAUGACAUGACUUUGGGGGAACGGGACAUAAAAUACAUUGUACUGUGUGAAACAACACUAGCAUCGGUGCACAGUGCAUGCGCGGUACUGUUAAUUGACUAACUGGGCUAUAAGUAUGCGUGGUCUCCAGCUACUAGCUCGCAGAGAGUCUUAAACAGGAUCGCUACACUAGUAGGUACAAUACUUACACAAAUAUGAAGUA